AGCACAGCGAACCGGCCUGGACCAAGCAAGACAUUGUCGAUUGGUAUCUAGGAGGUUCAGGUGAGUAUGAGAAUGAGCCUUCCAGUCACUUGCCAACAACUAUGCAGAAGGCGGAAAUAAGUGGGAGUGGGCCUCUACCAGCCUCAAGGCAGAUGUCGGCACAGGCAGCUCCAUUCUUUCCAAAUCCGACAAUGGCAACAGCAGCAGCUUUACCCACCUGGGCAACGUCUACAAGUAAUUACAUCGAUUUGUGGACGAACAACGUCUCCACAGCCAUGCCUGUCGCUACCCCAUCACAUAUGCCACCGCCGCCACCUCCUUUUCCGCUUGGCACUAGCAACACGUCAAUCAACAAAAUCCCGCAGGUCCUGUCUUCCCAUCCAGAAGGAAUCACGCCGAACAUGACGGUCGCAACAGCAACCGAAAGAGGAAUUCUGCCUCCGCCACCGUUGGGAACCCAGAAGAACGGAAGCAUCUCUGUUCUUCCACAAUCCUUAGGUCAUAUGAGCAAGCUCAAGGAGGAAAAACCGAAGAGCAACGGUAUACUAGUUUCGUCUUCACUUUGCACGUCCAAAUUCAGAACAUCAGCGCGAAUAUCAGCCCUUACGCCGCGGCAAUUAGACAGAGAAUUCAGCACACCUUCUUUCUUACCUUCGUCUUCAUUUACAUCAGCCUUCGUUAACAUCUUAGAUGACAGUAGUGGCGAUGAAACAGAAGCUCCGACUCCUCACGAGAUCGAGCGAACAAGUUCCCAUAGCAGCGAGCUAGGAAUUGAAAUCACAACUACUUAUCAACUUGAUGCGCGGGGAUAUCUGAUCAAGCUGCCAAUGCAAAGAGGAGUUGGGUCCAGCGUGGUCCUGAAUAGAGAAAUCCGGUUAGAACGGGCGUUGCCAGUAGCAGAUCAUGAUGAGGAGCUGACCUUAGCCAGAAGUGACAGCUCAUCCUAUAGCAAUUUCCUCGCGUCGCCGUGGAAUCAAGUAAAAAAGAGGAAAACGCUGAGCCAGAGGACGAUAAAGCCAAAGAGCGAUAUGUGGAAGCCUUGGGAAGACGGUAGCAUAAAGGGCAGCACACGAAAUCGAUUCAGCGCUCUCACCGAAGAAAUCCCAACUCCUGCAAAAACUAGCUUGAACCAGAAUCACGCAGGCACAGUGAAGCAGAAACCAAGCGCCACAUCGGAAUCGGGUCUGUCCUUCUCGAACGCGACUUAUCAACAAAAAGUGGCCGCUGCGGAGGCUCCAUCGAGUUGGAAGUCUCAAGCAUGCAUCUCAGCGACCAGCUCUAUAUUUCUCUCCAACCAACAACACAACAGGUCAGCGCUAGCAUCAAAAGCUACUCCUGCGAAGAGACCA